ACCUGUCACUUUCACUCGGACGUCCACCAUCUUUUUUGCUCUCGCCGUCGUACAACACGAUGAACAAACAGAAUGGCGUCAUUCAACAGAUCAAAAAGGUGCCAACACCCAUUGCGCUCGCUAUUGGCAUCUUUGUGGGCAUGAUAUUUGCUAGAUUAUUUCCAUGGACAAGCCCCUCUACUCCAGUAUGGAGAAGCAGCUAUGUACCUGCGAAAUCGCGCCAGAAUACCCGACAGCCAAUACAGCAACCGACGCUCGACCAGCGUUUGCGGGUGCUCGACCUCCUAACGACGCUGACUCCCCAUUAUACCAAAGAGUGUACACGAAGUGCUCAACCACUCUUCUCCCAGCAGGCCCUAGAGCGUUAUACCCCUCUCAUGGGCUACAAAAGUCUAUCACGCAAAUCCUGGUUCGAUACCUUUGGCUUCACGGAUGCCUCCGAGCAGCCUUUCCAGGGUGCAGGUUCACGGCGCGAUGUCAUGGGCAGCGACCACAAAUAUUUCUUCGCCAUUAAUCUCUACAAUUCUUUCGACGUCAUCCCCGACCUCUUUGCCGCGCUAUUUCGCGUUUCCGCCAUUUUGGGUUACCACAACGUGUUCGUUUCUAUCUACGAAAACGGUUCGACGGAUCAGACCAAAGCCCUGCUACGGAUAUUCGAUGCUCUCACCCGCAGCGUUGGAAUGCGUAUUACUAUCCGAACCUCAAUGCGUACUAGAGGCGCAUUUAAUCACCGGAUAGAGUACCUUGCCGAGGUACGCAAUGCCGCGUUCGUGCCUCUCCACGAGUUACGUGACGCUGAGAACGAGUACUUUGACACCAUCAUAUUCAUGAAUGACGUUCUUCCUUGUGUCGACGAUCUACUCGAACUUAUCUGGCAGAGUCGCAACAAUAACGCUGGUAUUACUUGCGCGGCCGACUACAUGUACCAUGAGGACAUCGGGGCCCCUGUUUUCUACGACAAUUGGGUCGCCCGAGAUAUCAACGGUACCGCCUUGGAGAACGCGCCGUUCGAGCAGAUAUUCCACCACCCCCUUUCGUCACAGCGCUUCCAGAGACAUUUACCGGUCCAGGUGCAGUCGUGUUGGAAUGGCAUCGCCGUCUUGGAUCCCGCCCCAUUCUACUCCCCUCCCCACGUCAGGUUCAGGAUGGCCAAGAUCAUGGAAGGCGAAUGCAGUGCUUCAGAGUGCAGUCUCAUCUGUAACGAUUACUGGGAAUCGGGAUAUGGUCGGAUAUUGAUGGUUCCGAGAGUCAAGUUGGCAUAUGAUAGCAAAGUUUUCGAUAUCAUUCAUCCUCAGAGGCGGAAUCUCACGGCCAUUCGCGGGUAUGUGCGGUUAGGAGGGCUCCCCGACAAUCCUCGUACAGAUCCUCAGGACCGCUCGUGGUUCGGCCCGCACGAUCGACUGUUUACGGAAGAGGAGAGUGAGCCUUUGACAUUUGUUCCUGGACCGGAUUAUGUAUGGUGCUGGGGAUGGGAUGGCGCUGGAGACUUGGAAGGACCAGAUGUGGAUCCUAUAUGGGAACAGAUGUCGAACAAGUCGAGGCAGGAGAGUGCCAUUGUUGUGAGGCAUGACCGGAGUAUGUUACUGUAGCGGACAUGUACAUAUGUUUUGGCUGGGAGGAUUUUAUAUAUUAGAUAUCUCGGGCGGUCCUUUGAUGGGUAAUUAAUGGUCGUAUCAUACAUGUACCUUUGGAUUUUCUGGACAAAAUCCGAGCGCCUCUCUUUUUAUGCACUUUAUUAUUCCAGUCAUGUUUAAUGAGACCGCAAUACUGACUAGAGGUAGCAUAAAUGU